AUGUCGCCUUCAGCAGCGGAUAUAGACAAAAACCCUGCGCCUAGCAAUGGCGCUCUGAGACAUGUAGGCAAGGACCGUGCAAACGUCAAUGCUCCUCAACCGCUAAAGUACUCGGGCACUCUUGACAGAUACGAAUACUUCGAUGUUACUAAAAUUAUCGGGCGUGAGUUUCCAACACUCCAACUAUCUAGCAUACUCCACUCAGAAGAGGCUAUCCGAGAUCUAGCCAUUCUAGUCUCGCAGCGUGGCGUGGUCUUCUUCCGGAACCAGGAUCUCACCAUUGAGGAUCAGAAGGUGCUAGGCCAGCAAUUGGGGCGGCUGACAGGCAAGCCUGCCACAUCUGGCCUUCAUCGCCAUGCACUUUUCAAUUCCAAGCGUGGACUAAAAGUCGAUGAGAACGGGAAACUUGACGACGAAGUGUCCAUUAUCAACUCUGAUCAGUUUCGCCAUCUAUAUGGCGAACGCUACAGUCCGAGGUCUCAACUACUUGCCAGCGAGGGAUGGCACGCCGAUAUCACCUUCGAGCGCGUGCCGUCUGAUUAUGCAAUUUUGAAGAUCGUGCAAGUCCCCGAGGACGCAGGUGGAGACACGCUUUGGGCCUCUGGCUAUGAAGCAUAUGACCGUCUAUCACCUGCAUACAAGAAACUUGCCGAGAGUCUGACUGCCACCCACUACCAACCUAAUUUCAACAAAAUCGCUAAGGAGCAUGGUGAGGAGUUGUUAGUUGAGGACAGAGGUGCUCCCGAGAACAGCGGGCUGGACUUCAAGGCGAGUCAUCCAGUGAUACGCACAAAUCCCGUGACAGGUUGGAAGGGCUUGUUCGCAGCUGGCGGACAGGUCGAGCACGGGUGGAUCGACGGCGUGACACCUCGUGAGAGCGAUGAUCUAAAAAAGUACUUCUUGGAUCUUAUCUCCCAGAACCAUGACUUGCAGGUGCGCUUCAAGUGGAACAAGAAUGACUUGGCGAUUUGGGACAAUCGCUCAGUCUUUCAUACAGCAACAAAUGAUUACUACGGCAAGAGAAGUGGUAAUCGGGUGGUAAGCCUGGGAGAGGUGCCGUUCUACGACCCAAACUCCAAGUCUCGAAGAGAGUCACUUGAUUCUCGGAUAACAGACUAG